GGCGCUUUUGCUGCUUCGCGAUAAAAUUACGAGAAAAAAUACAAUUUAAAGUCGUAAAAAUUACCGAAAAGAAAAAUGUGAUCUAAAACUACUUAAAAAUUUCUUUUUGCUGAUACUUUUCAGUUCUAUGCCUCUUUUGUGAAUUUUCAGUUUAUAAAACAAGUUAUAUUGGUGGUGUUGACGGCGUGUUGACGGCACCAAGCGAGUUGACGGCAAUUACUAAAUACUAGGACCCUCGCUAUCCGCCAGACCAAUAUACUCAUCGUGGUAUUAAGUAACUGAUCGAAGUGCCCCUUACUAGAGGAUAAUUUCGUCGCCCUACAAGAACGAAGUUCAUGGCCUAGUGCAGUGAGUCAGGAUGGCAACAGCUCGGACUGGGACAAAACGUCCUGAAGGACCUCCGAGCAGUAGUAGCAGUAGUGGUGGUCCCCCAGCAAAGAAGGGACACUGGAGUCUCGGCUUACUGGAUACAAUGAAAGAUCCCUCGUCUCAGGUCUACACAGACGACAGGAUAGUCAUCAUCAAAGACAAGUAUCCUAAGGCCAGAUUCCAUUACCUAGUUUUACCUCGAGAGCAGAUAGCCAAGUUGAAGACCCUCAAGCCGAGUCAUUUGGAUUUACUUAGACACAUGGAGGAGGUUGGAGACAAAGUCAUCAAAGAAGCCAUAGGUGAAGAAGGACUCACUUACAGACUUGGGUAUCACGCAGUUCCAAGUAUGAGCCAUUUACAUCUACAUGCAAUCAGCCAGGAUUUUGACUCACCGUCGCUGAAAACAAAGAAGCACUGGAAUUCCUUCACAUCAGCAUACUUUGUGGAUUCAAAAGAAGUUAUCGAUCAGUUGGAGAAGGAAGGCAAGGUGGAUACAUCUAGCAAGAAUCCAGAUGCUCUUCUCAAACUGCCUCUUCGAUGCCACGUAUGCAAGCUGGAGCUGGGAAACAUUCCCAAACUUAAGGCACACAUCGUCAAGCACAUCAAGAAGAGCUGAUGAGUUUGUUGCAUAUUGAAGAAACUCUUUCACUGUUGGCCUUGGCAGAAGUGCUGCCAUGCUGUCAAGUACAUGUAUUCCUACUUUUUUUUCAAAGGACCUAAUAUCCGGCUUGAAUUUAAGAUGUUUACAGACUGUGCAUCACCAGAAAUACAGAACCACAGGGUUUGAACACAGUGUGGACUAUUUAUAUCUUCCAUAUAAAUGGUGAUUGCUCUACUUCUUUCCUGAAAAUGUCGAGGCUCAUGGAAGCUUUUCAGAAAAUCCUGAAACCCAGAAAAAUACUGAGAACUUGUACCCGGGUAAGUGUCGAGACCUGGCGCCAAUUUCAUAGAGCUGCUAAGCAAAAAAAUAUUGCUUAACAAUUUUCUGCUUAGCAGAAAUGAGCAAGAUACCAGUCACAAAUUGUACAUGUGAUAUGGUUUGGCGGGUAACAUUAUUCUGGUAAGCAUAGCUUUGAUGUGCUUGACAACAUUUUAUGCUUAAGCAGCUCUUUAAAAUUGAGCUUAGGACUUUAACCCACACUCUGUCGAUGAGAAAGGCCAUGUCAGGUUGCUGUGAAACAUGGACCAUGCAGCCUGAAUGGAACCUUUCAGCUUGGGAGUAGCUUAUGUAGGAUUUUCACCGUUUUCCUUCAAAAUAGUGAAUGUUUAUUGUUAACAAUAAUAAUAAUGAAGUCUUAUAUAGCGCACUUAUCUACCAAACAUAUCUACCAAACAAGGUACUCAAGGCGCUUGGUAUAAAAUGUAUAAUAUACAGAAAGACAUUAAGUUAUUGAAGGAAUGAAUUCUGAGACCCAAUUAUGACGUAGCACCUAUUAUGGUUUUACAAGGUGCUACGGCGCAUACAGCAG